AUGUUGCACUGCCUGGAGGGGGUGAGGCACCUGUGCGCGGUGCUCCUCAACCUCAAGUGUUGCGACAUCGACCUCAAGCAGCCCAAGGGCCUGGAGGAUCCCGAAGUCCUCGCCAGGGAGACCGUGUUUAGCGUCAGUGAGGUCGAAGCGCUGUACGAGCUGUUCAAGAAGAUCAGCAGUGCUGUGAUAGAUGACGGGCUGAUCAACAAGGAGGAGUUUCAGUUGGCGCUUUUCAAGACCAGUAAGAAGGAGAGUUUGUUUGCUGAUCGUGUCUUUGAUUUGUUUGACACAAAACACAACGGAAUUCUAGGAUUUGAAGAAUUUGCCCGUGCGUUAUCAGUAUUUCAUCCAAGUGCCGCUCCUGAUGAGAAAAUUGACUUCUCUUUCCAGCUUUAUGAUCUGAAGCAACAAGGUUUCAUUGAAAGACAAGAGGUUAAGCAAAUGGUUGUUGCUACACUUGCUGAAUCAGGAAUGAAUCUUUCAGACGAAGUCAUAGAGAGCAUCAUUGAUAAGACUUUCGAGGAGGCAGACACAAAACAUGAUGGGAAAAUUGACAAAGAAGAAUGGCGCAAUCUAGUCCUCAGACAUCCCUCAUUACUGAAGAACAUGACACUACAAUAUCUCAAGUGUGACUACGAAGUGUUAAGUAGUAUUUCUGUUUCAAGUUCAACCAAGGGAGUGCGUAGUAGUUCCGGCUUCAAAGGGGAUAUACUGGAGGGACAUCACCACCACAUUUCCAAGCUUUGUGUUCCAUUCUCAGGUCGACGAUACAUAAAGUCCUGA